AUGAUUGUUCGUGAUGCUCUUAAUGAACUCGAUGAUAAACGUAUUAAGCAAAUUAAACCUCUUAUACCGCCUCAAAUUUUAAUGGAGGACUUGCCUUUGACCUUGAAGGCGGCUCAAACUGUAAUACUUGGCCGUACAAAUGCAGAGGCAAUAAUAAAGGGUUUGGAUGACAGAUUACUAGUCAUUGUUGGUCCUUGUUCUGUCCAUGACGUUCGAGCCGCGAUUGAAUAUGGUAUUUUAUUUUUAUUUUUACUUUUACCUUCGACACGUCUCCCAGUUCGUCAAUUCGACAAAUUUUAUAAAUUACAUUCAAUCAUAGCUGAAAAAUUAAAAGCUUAUGCCACCGAAGCCUCUAACGAACUUAUGAUAAUUAUGCGUGUUUAUUUUGAAAAACCAAGAACGACCGUGGGUUGGAAAGGAUUGAUCAAUGAUCCUUAUCUAAAUAACAGUUUCCAAAUCAACAAAGGGUUGCGUAUUUCACGUAAUCUCUUGAUGGAGAUUAAUGAAUUAGGUAUUCCGUGUGGCAGUGAAUUUCUUGAUACGAUUACUCCGCAGUACAUUGCCGAUUUGGUUUCUUGGGGUGCUAUCGGUGCUAGAACAACUGAAUCGCAGGUUCACCGUGAAUUAGCUUCAGGUUUAUCAGUUCCUGUCGGGUUUAAAAAUGGUACCGACGGAAACAUUGGCAUUGCUAUUGAUGCCAUUAAAUCAGCAAGUACCAAACAUCACUUCCUUUCUGUCACUAAACAGGGUUUGAGUGCCAUUGUAGCUACAGAAGGUAAUGAUUGUUGCCACAUCAUUAUGAGGGGUGGAGCUAAAGGUCCAAAUUAUUCAGCCGAACAUAUUUUAGAAGCUGCAAAAAAAUUAGAGGCUGCAAAAUUAGCUCCUCGCAUUAUGAUUGAUUGUAGUCAUGGAAAUAGCCAAAAAGUUUUUAGUCGGCAAGUUGAUGUUGUCAACGAUAUUGCGGAGCAACUUAAGUCGCAAUCUGGCAACUAUAUCGUUGGUGUUAUGGUAGAAAGUCAUUUAAAAGAAGGUCGUCAAGAUCUUCCGUUGGAAGGACCAUCGGGACUUGUCUAUGGUCAAUCAAUUACGGACGCGUGUAUUAGUUGGGAAACCACAGUAAAAACAUUGGACGUUUUACGAGAAGGUGUUAUUGCUCGACGUACUCGUUCUAUGCAAAAUGGCAAAAGAUCUCCUGCAUCUUUCAAUGAAUAA